AUCAACUCCAAAUCCAUACCCAACAGAUAGAUAGAGGUCUGGUUGAAGAAGGAGAGAAUAAACCCAAGAAAAAUUUAAACAAAAAAUCUUAGGUCUCUCUUUCUCUCUAUCUCCAUUUCUCUGAUCUGUAGGUAGGGUUUGCGAUUUCAAUUCAAACCCAUUUUUAUUAUUGCCCCGAAUCUCCGAUCCAUCCCAUUCAUAGAACAGCAUCUUCCCUUUCUAGGAGAAAAGAGACGAUUUUCUUUUCAUCGUUUUGCGGGUUCAGAAGCAUUCUUCUCUAUAGCUUUGGGGGUUCUAGGAAGAAGCUUGAUCAAGAUGGUGUUCUGGAUUUUUGGUUACGGGUCGUUGGUUUGGAACCCCGGGUUUGAAUAUGAUGAGAAAAUCAUUGGUUACAUCAAGGAUUACAGGCGGGUUUUCGAUCUUGCUUGCAUUGAUCACAGAGGUACGCCUGAACACCCUGCCAGAACUUGCACCCUGGAACAAAGUGAGGGAGCCAUUUGUUGGGGUGCUGCCUAUUGUGUUAGAGGAGGGGCAGAGAAGGAAAAGAAGGCAAUGGAGUAUUUGGAGCGAAGAGAAUGCGAAUAUGAUCACAAGUCCUUAAUCGACUUCUAUACCGAACAAGACUCUGUCAAUCCUGCUCUAACUGGAGUUUUUGUGUUUAUGUCAACUCCAGACAAAGUGAACAACAAGUACUAUCUUGGGCCUGCCCCAAUGGAAGUUAUGGCAAAACAAAUUGCAACUGCCUUUGGUCCUUGUGGGAACAACAGAGAGUAUAUUUUCAAAAUGGAGAAAGCCUUGUAUGAUAUCGGGCAUCAAGACAAGUAUAUCGUGGAACUUGCAAAUGAAGUUAGGAAAGCCCUUGGGGUUGUCCUUCCGGGCAUGCCCAAGGAGAGGAAGAAGACGAUCGUGAGUAGUAAUCCAACAACAACAACAGCACACCUUCCAAUCAAGUCACACUUGUCCCCUGUUAAAGUCUGCCCUCUACCAGAAUCCGUUGUCCCGGCCAUUGCCAUGGAUUAUUCUUGAAAGAAAUUCAAGUUAUUGUUCUUCACAGACUUGCUAUUAACUUCAAAGCUUAACUCCCAUUCUCGGUAACACCACGGAUUCGGCAGCCAAAAGAUUGUUGUGAAACAAGAUUUUAUUGGCCCUUGAAUAUAGAAAAAAUCUCUAUGUAUUUUGGUUCACUAUUGUGAAAGCUUUCAUUGAGAAAGGACAUUUGUUGUCUUUGACACAAAUUUAACUAUAGUUGGGAGUAUGGCUCUAUUAUCGUAACCUUGAAACUGCUCAUUUAUAUGUUGUUUUUCAUAUAGAAAUUGAGAAUCAUAAUCCCAAAGUCUCCUAUGUACUUUAUACUCUGGGGUGACAAUUA